AUGAGGAUAAUCGUCAAAGUCAAAUUCGGUGCAUCUGCGGAUUUGUUGACACCUUCGGAUUGUUCGACGAUAGUGAAAGCCAUGCGAACCGCGGAUUCACUGCUGGUAGUUGAGACCGACAAGGAGUUUGAGGACGCUGUGGAGCAAGUGGCCAAUUCAGAGAUUUUCCCACAGGAUCGACUAGCGCCAAGAUGGCGAUUUCAUGUGUUCUACAGGAAAAGACCCACAACAAGCAACGCACAACAUGGAAACAUGGAGACUGUGAUAUUAAUGCACAUUGACCAUUGUUUCUUGGAUGGAGGCGCCAUGAGCUUGGUGAUCCUUCCAAAGCUCUUUGACAUGGACCCCGCGUCAGACCCCAGUGUGCUUUUCCAGCACAUGAAGGCAGUCAGCAGUGUCCAAAGAGCUUGGCUCUGUCUUUCUGGAUUCCUCAUGAUCCCUUUGGCUCUCUUCAGGGCCUACUUUGUCAAUGGGUUCUGGCCAAGUGACUUGAAUCCUAUUCAUGCUAGGAGAGGGAAAAUGGAUGGAAGGUACAUUUUGCGGCCAAUCCAAAUGCCUUUGAAAAUGCUCAAAGAUAUCCAAGCAUCCAGCGGGGCCAAAUUGAACACGAUUUUGGCUUCGUGCAUUUACAAAGCUUUGCAAAGAAUCAGCCAAGACAUCGCAGCUGACCCAAAAACUGUUCUUGGGUGCAAAAAGGAUGCGGGCAUUUUGGAGAAACUUCAAAUGAGAUCCACGAGGGAACGUAAUUGGACACUAGUCAUACCACAAAGUUGCUGGGUACCAGGGGACAAAUUGGAAUUGGUCAACAGAACAUCAGGUAUUUUAAAAUCAAAAUCAGUACUG